CCGGGACGUUACUCCACCUUUGGCCACGAGCCCGACAGACGCCCGACCGACGACCGCUUCCUGCAUCCAUGGGCAGCUCUAUUAGCUGGUGCACGAACCCGACGCAUGAUGAGUGCCUAGAGAAGGCGCCGUCGCCGCUGCUCCUGCGCAUGCACUCGUUCUCGUUCGAUGGCGACGCGCAUGGCCCACCACGGUCACCGUCCCGCGCCGAGACACCUGGCGGUAAGCUACUGCGCGACUACUACAACCAUGUGGUCGAGACCGAGAGCAACAGCGGGUGGGUCCUCAUCGCACGGCCUCCUACUAGUCGCUACACCAUCACCGAUGAUUAGCACCGACGAUAGCGAAUGUGCUGACGAGAAGCAAGUGCCCACGGCGCUGCUGCCACUCAUCCACCCGACGCUCUCGGUGCGCGAGUCCAAGCGGCUAACGAUCGACGCGACGCUUCACAUGUACUCGACCAUCGACCUGCGUCCAUCAUCGGCCGAGCCGCCAUGCCGAAAGGUGCGAGCCGCCUCGAUGGACGCCAUGCUGCGGAGUCCGCCACGCAGCCCCGUCGCCAAGCGGGAGUGGGCGUACAAACCGUUUUGGUGCGACUUGCCGACGCGCGCACUGCCAUUGACGCCUCGGUCGCCCGCGGCGAGCUAGUUAGUCGAUAACAAUAACUACUAUUAGUAUAUAAGAUGUCUACACCGUGGGCUUGACCCACGUGCUAAUGCCCCGCUUCGCA